AGGAGGUCGCCUUGCGUAUCCGCCAUGGCGUCGCCCCGUGAUGUGUCGCCUCCUGCGCGGCGUCGGAAUAGUCUCCAUGACCGAGACUAUGCACCGGUGGAAACCGAUGUCGCAGGCGAAUGUCGCCGAUUGCUGGGAUGCAACCUAGCGGUGGCCAUGCUUUGUGUGCUCUUCACGAUCUGCUGCUUGGUGGUGACGGUGAUCAUGGAUCCUGUGUCCUCCAAGGUCGGAAGUGCCUCCAGACUUCACCCUGCACCACAUCUGGCCCCGUCUCCUGCCACCGAAUCUUGGGAUCCGAGCGACGCCUGGCACUCCCCGGCCCCCGCGCCGACGGCCGCGCCGACGGCGCACCGGACAUCGCCGUGGCCCGAGUGGCCGCAGUGGCCCACCACGGCGCGGAGCACGCCGCGACCCACGCGCGCGCCACCCAUGGUGCUGAUUACGGGGCCACCGGAUGCCAUGGAAUGGAAACCUAGGGAUGAGGUCGCACCAUCCCCCUCUGAUGAAGGAAGGUUGUUCAUUCCUCAGCCAGCAGAUGCUGGGGAUGUCGUUUGAAGCCUUGCGACCAGCGCCUCUUUUUUUACUAUGGCCAUGGAACAUCAC